AUGGAACUUUAUAAAAGGCGCAAAAUCAGCAAACUGAGAGUAUGCGAUGCUUGCCGUCGACGUAAGCUGAAGUGCGAUAUCGAAACCCGAUUGGAAAACAACUCCAAUUCGUGCAGCAGAUGCGAGCAGAGCGCGGUGGAUUGUCUGUUUGAAGAAGCCCCGGCAAAGGGGAAGAAGUACAAGGAGCUGUAUUACGAUUUGGCGGAGAAGCACGCGCAUGUUCUCAGUCUCAUGCGUAAGCUACAUCCUGGGAUCGACAUUGACGGUCUUCAAUCGACUGUAGACACGCUGUCGAUUGACGGGGACCAUUUUGAUCAACAAGCCGCGGAGGAGCAGGAGCACGAAGUAAAAGCAUCCGAGGAUUUUCUGCGAUCUGCUCAAACUCACGACCCACGAGUGCUCGGGUCUGCAAGCGUGUUCAAACUCAGGUCUGUCGAACGAAUACGGGCGAUGGCGGUGGGAAGCAGCUCAACCAGCUUCGAUAUACAUCAAAGAUCGCAAUACUGGUCCCCGGUAGCUUGGAAGAUCGACGAUCGUGAUUUUGAUCCACCCCAGGAACUUAUAGAUUCGUUAGUGGAGAUAUACUUUGAAAAUACGGGUUGCCAUAGACCGCUUUUGCACAAGCGAACAUUUAAAGAGGGAAAUAUACAGGAUAUAGAUCACCAGCGAAUACUUUGGCUUGUAUGCGCAAUAGGCAGCAGAUUGUCGGACGAUACUUGCGUUCUCGACAGCUCAGAAGUAAAAGCGGAUGGCACGCCUCAUUCGUAUCACAGUGCAGGCUGGCCGUUCUUCAUGAAAUACGUCUCUAUCGCUAAACCCAUUGCGGCGCUGUCACCAUCUCUAGCUGACUUGCAGCAAUCGGCGCUGGCUGCUGUUUUUCUUCAUUCCCUUCCCUCCCAUUCCAGCUCGUGGACAAUAGCAGCGCAAGGGCUGAUAAUGGCGAAAGAUCUGGGUGCAAAUUUCCACAGCACAUCUACCGAUCCCGUCAAGGACGAGCUGCGGCGUCGCGCAUUUUGGAAUCUAUAUCAAAUCGAAAGUGAGAUGGCAACCUAUUUAGGAAGGGAUUCAACGAUAGAUGAGCGAACGAUUGGGAUAGAUCGGCCACGUGCGCUUCCAGAUGAAAAUGAACGUGAUUUUUACGCAUACAACGCCUUCUUGGAUCUUAUCAUAAUUGCUCGUAAUGCGCUUGAUUGGCUUUACGACGAGGAGCUGAUACGUGAAGCACCAAAUGAUGCUAUCAAGGCUCAACAGAUGAUAACAAAUGUGACCGAGCUGGACAGCCGUUUGGACCAAUGGAUAAUUACGCAGCCAGACUUUCUGCAAUGGAAUGAAGGGGAGGGGGAUGAACCGAGUCGAGAGUGCACCCAGCGUUGCACCAAUAUGAGCCUCUUUCUGAUGGUGCAGACGCUUAUACAUCGACCAUUCCUCAACGCCUCAGGUCACUUACGCUCGUUGUCUAUAUCAUCAUCAGCCUUGUGCGGCAGCGCUGCGCAAAGUCUGGCACAAGUCGUCAGUGUUUUUAGGCAAAUUGAUCCACGCACCGACACAGUUGUCAGUUACGCGUUCAUCUCGUGCGUCAGUGCGCUCGUAGUUCAGUGGACUAGCAAGGCGAAGGGUGCAGUCGUGUCAAAUGAGCUCGAUAAGGCUGUCGAUACUCUCCACUCAUAUAUUCGGUCUAGGGAGUCGAGAUACUACGUUGCGGGGAGGCUAUCGGAUAUUAUUGCAUGGCUGCGAGACGAGAACACCACGGCUGGCAGUAUUGAGGAGUUGUUUAAUACAGACAUCGAAAGUUUGCUGAACAGCACCAUCUAUAGUGCACACUUUUUCAACUCACUGCCUCCCCUAACUAGCCUGGAGGAUAGCAAUUUUAUUGCUUAG